CACGCCCCCUUCAUGACCCGUCGCACAACCCGAGCCGUAGCCUCACGACUAUAUUGUUCGUUUGUGUUUGUGAAAGGACAAUCAACAUGUGAGCGAGGAACAUUUGAUAACACUAAAGGCUCCGGUAGUUGACGGUCUGACAGCGGAGGUUAUCUUUUUACUUCCUGUCUGGUCAUGUGCGACAAACGACAUUGUUCUUCAUUUCUCAACUCCUCUUUUCACUCGUAACACAACAAGAAAAGUAACGCUUACGUUCUUAAAUUGAUCAAUCACUUUAACACGUGUAGGUAAGUAUGUCACAUUUCUCAGAUAGCGUGUUGCUUAUUUGGACCGUUCCGUGCUAACGAUGCUAGUGGCUAGCACUUCCGGGUUUAUUUGAACGUACGGGGCGGGCUUUUUGUGAUAACAGCGUCGUCGCGCUCGAUGAAAUGGCGUAUGGUCAUGUACAAACGUCACCGAGAGUUUGUGUUGUUUGCGUUUUAGUGGAUGGGGAAUGUUGAAAAUGGAGUCGCGCGACUUGAGCGAUUCUGAAGACGACCGAGCGGACCGAGCGUUUCUCCUGGAUAAAAUGCCGCUCGUCGUCCCGGAGACCCCCAGCCCGCAGCUCGGCAAGCGCAGACGACGCACACGCCGUGCAGAGGAAGCGUUCAGCCCGGUGACCGCGCGGCGCACGGCGGCUUCGGCCCAGCGUUCCGCCGCCGGGCCGUCCAAACGCAGGAAGCUGGCGACGCCGCCGGAGCGACCCGGCCCGGCGCCGUUUGCCGUCGACGGCCGGUCGGGCGCCGCCUCGUCGUCGUCGUCGUCCUCCGCUUCGUCUUCGUCGCCCUCCCGCGUGACGACGUCCGACUCGCUGUCCUUCCUGACGGCGGAGGAGAGGAAGUGGCUGAGCGGCGAGCGGGACUCCGCCUCGCUCGCGGCGGCGCAGGACGCGGUCAUCAGCGACGACGGCGGCCGGCGGGUUCGCGCGGCGCAGAUGGAGGAAGACGAAGCGUUGGCACGAAGCCUGCAGGCUCGCUUCGACCGAGAGGACGCGGAGUCGCAUCGUCUUCGUCAUCGUACCCUUCAUCAUCUUCACCGCAGGCGCGAGCUUCUCGCCCAGGCCGACCCGCCGCGAGGGCCGGGCCGCCGGCGCGGCCGGGGGAGGGACGCCGCCCCCCCGGCGGACGACUUCUCCGGGGACAACUACGAGGCCCUCCUGGCGUUUGAGGAGCGCCAAGGCGCCGUGGCGCCCAAGAAGCUGACGCAAGCCCACAUCCUUCGCUUCCCCGUCAAGCGCUUCCGGGCGAGCGGCGGCGCGGCCACGUGUCAGAUCUGCUUUUGCGACUACGACGACGGCGAGCCGCUGAGGAUGCUCCCGUGCUUCCACGACUACCACGCCGGCUGCAUCGACCGCUGGCUGCGGGAGAACACCACCUGCCCUAUAUGCCGAAUCAACCUGGCCGACCUCUGACCUCUGUCUUUUAUUGCUGUGUUUGUUUGUUGUCUUUUAUUCGUUCUUAAUAAAAGCCCAACUCUUA